ACGCAGUUGAUGCUCCUUUUCCCUAGCAGUCUCGCUAGUCCGUAGUUGCUCACUUUUCUCUCUUUUUCUUCUUGACCUCCCUUCCCAUCUCUCCUUCUCUCCCCCUACUCAAUUGGUUCCUCGCAGCACCUGUCUUGCAAUCGUUCCCUCCCCACUUACUGCAAGUUCAGUCCGCGCUCUUCCUCUCCCUCUGUGCAGCCUAUUUGUACAGACCACGACUGAAUUCGACCGAUCGCGACUGAUUCGCUUCACUCACCCCCACCCUGUCGCUACACAACGCCAUGCUGACCCUACCACCGGCCAAUAGCAAGCCCCGCGGAGUCACCCAGCAGAAGCAAAAGGGAUCCAAUGCCCAGCGCGACCAGGGAUUCGACCAUGACGAGGAGGAGGACCUGAUCGAGCAGCUCAACCGCAAGCUCUCCAACGUGACAUUGAACCCACCCACAACGAUACCAGACGAGAUGAAUAUUGCGGACAUAUCCACCAUGCUUCCAACGUUUGCGCAACCCCUUUACAACCUAUUGGCAUCUGGAGUGUAUGAGCAGCAGCUCCUGGGGAUGGUCCGCAUUCGCAAGUAUCUGUCACUACAGGAUGUGCUGCCAAGGAUCGAUAAUGUUCUAGCAUUGGAUUGCGUGAACUUUUUCAUCGCUUUCCUAAACAUGAGCGACUGUCCGGACCUGCAGUACGAAACUGCCUGGGUUGUCACAAACAUUGCUGCUGGAACGACUGCUCAAACAGAGCGACUGGUCGAGGCUGGGAUCCUGGCGCCAUUGAUCCAUAAUCUUCGAGUCUCGCGAUGUGUCCAUGUGCAGACACAGACGAUCUGGGCACUGGGAAAUAUCUCAGGAGACGGUCCCCCAUAUCGUGACCUUAUUCUAGGAUCCGGCGCAUUGGACGUUAUUCUUCAGCUCAUCGAAAUGUGCGACGACCCAUCAGUGGCAAAAGAUCAAAAAUACAUGAUCCUGAGAAUUGCCGUCUGGUGCGUCUCGAAUUUAUGUCGAGGAAGUGGACGCUGUGCGCCAGAGUGGUUGCAGGUGACACCCGCGUUCCCAAUGUUGCGGCGCCUAAUGUAUAUUGACGAUACUGAGAUCUUGGCCGACACAUGCUGGGCAAUGUGUCGAAUCCUUAAUGGAACGCACAAGAUGAACCUAGACACCGUUGUCAUCGAUCGGGAGCUAUGCGCGCGAUUUGUGGCCUUGCUAAGCGAGCCCCAUCCGACCAUUCAGGUGCCAUCACUUCGAUCGUUGAUAAAUAUCGCUUCUGGACCUGAGCAGCACACUCAGUUGUUGAUCGAUGCAAUGGCUAUCCCAGUCUUGGGAUCGCAAGAAAUGCUUGCUCAUCGGAAUAGCACGAUUCGUCGGGAUGCAUUGUUGGGUAUUUCCAACAUCACCGCAGGGACGGCAGAUCAAGUACGGGAGGUGACAGUACAGGAUAGCGGAAAUGUCAUGCGCCGGAUUCUCGAAAUCCUGAGGAGAGGCGACGUUGGAGGGGAAGACCUUGGAGAAGAUGCUGUAGAGGGCCAAGAAGAAGGUGGCGACUGGCGAGUGCUUCGUGAAGCAGCAUGGGUGGUCAGCAAUGCCACCAGCGUGCUUGAUCUUGAGAUCACUGGACAUUUGGUGUAUCGCUUGGAGUUGCUGCCGUCGAUUGCGCAACUGAUUGAUCCUCGUCGGAAUCGCAAGGCAAACUAUGUCUUACCUGCUAUUGGCCUUAAACAUCCACCGCUGCUGACAAAACUCCUGGAUAUUGUAUUCAAUGUGUUGCGGUGCAACGAGCAUCAUCCUAAGGAGCAAUUCAUGAAGAUUUGGGUGAACGACUGUGAGGGUGGAUCGAUUUUAUUGGAGUUACUGAGGCUGUCGAGUCAGGCGCAGGGCGAUACUCAACUGCGGCACUUUGACAACAAGAUGUUGCCUCGACCAUUGCAGCACCUCCGGUUUGCUCAGAACGACAAUGUAGGCAAGUCAGCGCUACAGGCUGUUGGUCCUCUGGGGUCAUCGGUGAAGAAAAGGGUAGAGACGAUCCUGGACAACUUUUUUGAGUUUGGUCCUGAGAACGAGGGUUUCGGACCGUUUUUCGGUGAGAGACAAGGCCACGAGAACCGUUCACAUCGCGAUGGAUAUGGGUCGGAUUUGAACGAGGAUGACCAGGACGAUGAUGAGGACGAGUACACGGAGGCGGACCAGCAGACUCGUCAUAGGAAUGGUUAUCGCGGAGCAAGACACGGGGCUACGGACGACUUUGAUAUUGACGAGAUGGAGGAGCGCGUUAGCAGAAUGAACCUUGUCUAAUGCCACAGUAUCAAUUUGAUAAAACUGCAUUGUAGCAUGGAAUGCCGGGCGGGCGGCGACGUGAAAGAUCUUGUGUAAAUAAAAUUCUCCCUACACGAAUAGCACCACGACGCGACAACGCGC